ACGAGUGUUUGAGUCAGCUGCUGCAGGGCAGGAGCACAGCUUGAAAAGAGGACUUGUCUAUUUCCAUGGAGGAGGAUGGACAGUCGGCAGUACAAAGAUGGAACCAUAUAUUACCUUCAGUGCAUGACUAUGGCUGAAGAGCUGGGGGCAGUCGUAAUAUCUGUAGAGUACAGGCUGGCACUGGAUGCACGUUUUCCAGAUCAGAAUAAUGAUGUUUUUCAGGCCUUGAAACGUAUCCUGACAGCCGAGGUGUUGGGUCGGUACUCCAUAGACCCGAAAAGAGUGGCUGUGUCAGGUGACAGUGCAGGAGGAAGCCUGGCCGCCACUGUGGCGCAACAG